GGGUUCCUCAAUUAGCUGGAUGGUGGAGAUCAGGAACUCAGGAACAUGUUGGACAUGAAGAGCUUUAUGUUGAUUAUUUUCUCCUGUUCGCUGUUACCAACACUGAGAGCUCAGAAUGUUCAGAAGGCGACAGUGUACUGGGACCCCACCCACAAGACUGUGCUGCUAAAAGAGGGGGUGCUGGAGGAAUCCGGGGAUGCCUACGGUUACUACAACGACUCCUUCUCCGAGACCGGGUGGGGCGUGCUGGAGAUCCGUGCUGGAUAUGGAAAGACGCAGAGAUUGGAUGAUAAGACCUUCUUCCUGGCAGGAUAUCUGGAGGGGUUCCUCACCGCACGGCAGAUGUUUGAUCACUACACGAACAUGUACCCACAGCUGAUCACAAGUCCUGAUGUUCUGCAGGCCGUCAAGAAGUUCAUGAGUAAACAGAGCUCCUGGUCUCGGCAGCAGGUGAAGCUGAACGGGAGCACAGAUGCAUUGUGGGCGCACACCGGCUUUAUCCUGGCACAGCUGGAUGGUUUACACGCCGGAGCAGCCGAGUGGGCAAAGCGCACCGGGAAAAAGGCUCUGUCCAGGUUUGAUGUACACUUACUGAAUGCAGUAGGAGAUCUGCUGGAUCUGAUACCCGUGUUGGUACCCGAGGUGAAACCCACACUGAGAGGGUAUGAAGAACCGGGUAUGGGGCACUGCUCCGCCCUCAUCAAGAUGCUGCCAGGCUACGAGAACCUGCUGUUUGCUCACUCCAGUUGGUACACCUAUGCUGCCACCCUGCGCAUCUUCAAACACUGGGACUUUAAAAUCCAACACCCGGCUACUGCCACUGGAAAACUGUCCUUCAGCAGCUACCCCGGGUUACUGGCGUCUCUGGAUGACUUCUACCUGCUGGGCAACGGGCUGAUGAUGACCCAGACCACCAACUCUGUCUUUAACCAGUCUCUGUUCGACACCAUCACCCCCAACAGCCUGUUCGCCUGGCAACGGGUCCGGCUCGCACACGCCCUCGCCCGGUCCGGUACCCAGUGGGCUCAGACCUUCUCCCAGUUCAACUCAGGAACCUAUAAUAACCAGUACAUGGUGGUGGACGUGAGUAAGGUCAAGCUGGGCUCCAGUAUCAGCGAUGGAGCUCUGACUGUAGUGGAGCAGAUCCCAGGACUGGUGGAGUACUCGGAUCAGACUCAGGCUCUGAGGACUGGUUACUGGCCGUCGUACAACAUCCCGUUUCACCGGAGGAUCUACGAGCUGAGCGGCUACGUGCAGAGGUGGAUCACUUACGGAAACGAUUACUCCUACGACCUCUGCCCUCGCGCCAAGAUCUUCCGCCGAGACCAGGCGUCGGUCGUGGACAUCGCCUCGCUCAAACACAUCAUGAGAUACAACGACUACAAGAACGACCCGUACUCCAAGGGCGACCCAUGUAAAUCCAUCUGCUGUCGAGGGGACCUGCGCCAGUCCCACCCCUCGCCUAACGGAUGUUACGAUACCAAGGUAACAGAUCUGCACAUGGCUACGCAGUUUGUAUCGGAGGCUCUUAACGGCCCGACGACCGAGGGUGGCCUGCCCCCGUUCUCCUGGGAUCUCUUCAACAGUACGACCCACCAGGGCCUGCCACGCCUCUACAACUACACCUUCGUCACCAUGCACCCCGUCCUGUUCGCUCCCUGAGCCGCCUACACAGGGAGCACUGAGCAGGGAGCGGGGGGUAAGCACAGAUGUUUAUUUUUGAAAUGAGACUCGCGUAUAUCAGGUGAAUUUUCAAUCAUGCUUUACUGGAGUCUGGAUCUGACUGCUUUCAUCUCAGGUCUGACUGAAUCCCUCUUCUGUCUAUGUUUUUGUCUUUGAAGGUUUGAUCUUUCAGUGUAACGUGGGCCAUUAAAAAUUUCAAUCAGCAUCAGCUGUAAAUCAUGUUCUAAAUGGAGACCAAACACUGUUAUUAUCCAGCUGUUUCUCUUUGAUCUCAGGGUGAUGAUUUAGACCAAAGUUACACGUAAUUGUGCUGAUCAUAUUUUUUAUGAUUGUUGAAUAAAUAAAUAUUUGCA